AUGAGAGCCUUCAGAACACCUCUGACAACAGUAACCGGUCUUUUAGCUAGCAUUGCCGCUGCGGAAGUCAUGAUAGUUGACAAUGAUACACCCACUCCUUUGCAAGUCUUAAUGCCACUCUCGGCCGGCAUCAAAGUACUGGGAAUAAGCACUGUUCUUGGUGAUUAUGACGUAGAUGCUGCAACUUAUGAAGCAGCAUCAUGUCUCACGCCAGGCAAUCUGUCUGCUUGCAUUCCUGUCUACAAAGGUGCAGCACAACCCCUUCUCUUGACCAAUGACACCUACCAACAAUGGCAACAAUUGUACGGCUCAAUUGUCUGGCAAGGCUGUUGGGCUGGCGAUUAUGCCAGCCCAGUGCCAACCAACGCAACCUACAACUACGACGAAAACACGGGAGCCGUACAAUGGAUAAUGGACUCAGUAAAAACCAGUAAAGAAAACGUUACUAUAGUGGCGGCGGGAACUAUGACAAAUUUAGCCCUUGCUUUGGCUCAGUGGCCUGAAAUGGCGGAAAAGGUGAAACUUGUGAUUAUGGGCGGUUACGUUGAUGGUCAAAUUGCCCAAGCGACCGGUGGUGACUUCACGAACGACCUCUAUACCGAUUUCAAUUUGAUGCUAGAUCCAGAGGCUGCCCAAGUAGCCCUGUCUGCUCCAUGGAGAGAGCUUGUAAUUGUUGGAAAUAUAAGCAGCCAGAUAUACCCAACGCAGGAGCUGUUCGAUGAGAUUGUUACAGUAUCAGGGGGAUUGACAGCCAUAUCUCAAAACUCGACUUUUGGAUACGUAAAAGAAACAGUUGGUAACGGAACCCUGCCUGCUUUCAACUUGCCAUUUUGGGACGAAGUCGCUUCUUUUAUUGCUACAUACCCUGACUUGGUUACCGAAUCCUAUGAUGCUUACGUGUCCGUUGACACGUCGUAUGCCAGCCCUUUCUACGGGAAUCUAAGGAUUGUUCCUGCGGAUUUGCGCCCAAAAAAGGGGGUGAGAACUUCAAAGGCCAAACUUGUCACCGGAAUCGAUGUUGAAAGGUUUUACGGCAAUGUUGUAAACGCUCUCGUGAGAGAUUGGUCUUCCUAUUGUAGCACGGGGCGUUCUACAAGUCUCAUGAAUAACUGA